AUGAGGGGUACUGUUCCCAUGGCCUGUGCUUCGUUGCAAGACUGGCAUGGCGAUAUCAUGGGGACGAGAGACGUUGCCCGUGAAGCAUACAACGAUGCUAUACAAUACCUAAAGACUGAGCUCAGGGAACAAGAUCAUGAUUUGUCUUGGUUGAAGACGCUGACAUCAAUGGAAGACGUGCAAAAAACGGCCACAGAAGCGCAGGCGAGAUAUGACAGCGCGGGAAAAUCCAAGGUUAAAUAUUGGUUGCAGAAGAUCUCCUCAGUUGUACUCUAUUAUAACGGAGUCCUCGACGUACUGGCUCAACAACAUCCUGAGUACCUCAGUAUCGUUUGGGGCUCGAUCAGAUUCAUUUUGACGGGAAUUGUCAACCAUGCCGAACUCGUGAACGAGUUCUCGAAAGCUAUCGUGGAUAUCGCGGUCAUCUUGCCGCAAGCAAAGCUAAGUGCUGAACUAUACGAAAGCGACCAGCUUAAGAGUGCAAUAUCACAAUUCUACGCAAACAUUCUUCUCUUCUUCAAACAGGCUAUCGACUGGUACAACCUUUCUUCAACGCGGAGGGCAAUGUCAUCUCUUUUCAGACCUUACAAGCUCGAGCUCAAAGAUACUCUUGAUGAGGUCAAAAGAAGUAUGCACAUCCUCUUGAAAGCACUAUCUGGCGAGCUAUCCGACGUUCGAAAGCAAAUUGAUAGAUUGUCAUUUUCCGUGAAUGACAAGCUGGAAGUGACCACCUGGAGCAAACCUAUCUUGGAGGAGAUCCACUUCAAUGUUCGGGAUAUGAGACCUCGUGUGGUAGAUAUCCAAUUCGGCCAGGCCAUGGGCCUUCUCACACCCCGAAUAGCCCCGCUGGACGCUUUCAGGAGACAGCAGCGCCUGGCUAGAAGAAUCCAACCUUGGAUUAGCCAGAAUUCUGAAAUUGCCCACCUCGUUGCGAACAUAGGAAGCUGGAUUGCCUUCCCCAAGCCAUCGUUGCUUGUCUUGGAAGCUGGGCCAAAGGCAGAGACCAAAGCCAAGGAGAUUGUCACAGAGCUAAUCGGAAUGCUCCGACCAGCAGCAAGGCGUUUAUGCUGGUACCUGUCCACUGCCAAUUCAGGAAAUGAAGGUAUCACUCUGGCUGAUAUCUUCAAAAACUUGAUUUAUCAGCUGAUCAGACUCGACUCUGUCAAUAUGGCAAGGAUCCUGGACGGUAACCUGACCUCCAUAAAACUCCAGGGAGAACACACCGAUCGAGAGUGGAUCGACUUGCUAUGCUCGAUUCUAAGACACCUUCAGGAUUGUUUUAUCAUUGUGGAGGCUGAAGAUAUGUUCAAAAUUCUGGGGAAAGAUGUAGCACAACUUGACAGAGUCCACUCUGUCUUUCAAUUGCUCGUUGACCAGGCGUCUAAUGAAGGCUGUCAAGUCAAAGUCCUCUUCGUUGGCUACGGUAGAUCAACAGCCGCUUCAGAUACUUCAGCACCUAUAUCUGUGUCCUCGAGGAGGGUCGUUUCACUUCGUCCUCUUGUGCCCGUACCUGAGUAUGGCAGCGUCUGA